AUGACAGCUAGUUGUGGCGUUCUGGGCUCCGCGACCUUCCUUGUCGCCGUGAGCGGCUUGCUUGACCCGCCGCUGGUUCCGCCAAUCGGACUCUCGCCCUUUCACCCGAGUGCCCCCGCUCCGCCACCGAGCUUGUUUCGGAGCGACAAGCGUCGGGGGUCUUUUUGUGGGGGACCAUUGGCGUCGACGGCGCGCAUGCGCAAGAGAUGUCUCCAAGCGGGAAACGAAAGCCCGGGGACAGGUGACGAAGGGGUGAACGCGGCGGCGGCGGGGCGCAGGCACGGGAGCGGCCACGGCAUGUUCGACGCCGACGCGUGGAAAAACAUGCCUUCUUCCCCUCCACUAGUGACGGCGCCACCGACCAGCCUAAACCCCUCCGCUGUACAGCUGAGCGCUAACGGCGCCCUAGAUGAUGAAGGAGGAGUGGAAGGGCGGGAAGAACCCAUCAGCGUGUACGUGGAUAAGCUGCCGACCUUCGUGUUUUUCGUCAGGGACAAUGGGCGGCAUAGGCGGGAGGAAGUUACCGGUGGGCGCGACGCCCGAACCUGCGCAACUAAGCUACGCGAAAGGUUAGCAUCUAUAUCGUCGCCGGGAAGCACCUGGACUAAUUCGGGUUCUCUUGACGACAACGACUCGCCUCUACGGCCAUCUGGAGCGGGAGAAGGAGGAGUAGGUGGCGGUGUUGCUAGAACUCGCAGCGAUGGUGCCGCUGUAGUUGGGGGGGCUGCAGAAGGUCCGAAUCGUCUUGACAAUGAGACCGACACGGGCAUGGGACGCGGUAACGGUGGCAUGGGCGCAAUUGUAGACGGUACAGGCAGCCCCACCAACAUCGUGGAGAUUUCCGACAAGCGCGAAUUGCUUCGAGUUCUUGGCGCACGGGGGGAAGGGCAGGGCCCAGUGGUGGUCAUGUACCACGCCCCUUGGUGCCGCAAGUGCGCCUACCUCGCCCCCGUGUUCCGCCGCCUCGCUGCUGCUCAGGCAACCUCUGUUGGCGUUACGAAAGCCGGCGGUAGUAGCAGCGAUAGGGGUUCAUCAGGAGGGCCGUUGUUCUGUCGUGUGGAUGUUUCCGACCCGUCGUGGGGGAGGAGACGUGCUGUGCGUGGUUCUAGCGUAGCUCCGGCUACGGUCGCUUCCGAAGGCACAGCAGCAGCAGCAGCAGCAGCGGCGGCGGCGGCAGCGGCGGCGGCAGCCACAGCAGUAGUACGACGAGCACGAAACAAGGCAUCCAUCGCGGCUGGAGCAUCGUCACAAGCGCGAGGACUUGGAGUCGGCGACCGUGCCGCCGGAUUGAUGGCAGCUGAUGCCACUGCCACCCCCGCUAAUGCGGAGGGUAAAAUUGCCGAGACGGAGCUGCUACACGCCGGUUCACAGGCCGUGGAGAACUGCGACGUCUGCGGCGGGUCCGGCUUCGUGCCGUGCGGGGAGUGCGGGGGGCUUGGGGCGGUGUCCCGAGCGAGCCCUGACGGGAAGCACACAAUGGCGGUCACGUGCUCCUCGUGCGUCGGCUACAAGCGGUUGCGCUGCCCGUCGUGCGGCGGGAAAUGUUACAUGUGUGAUUAAAAGUCCCAGACUCAACAGCAAUGCAAGCAACCAGGACAAGAGAGGAAACGUUAAGCGUAUACCUGUGUCGUUAGAAGUCUUCCAAGUGGGUAUCGCACCGGCAAUCGCUGCUGUGUUUGUGGUAGGUGCGGAGUCGCUGAUUUCUUGUAUGGAGGCGCGCUUUCAGAUAGCUGACUUCCUAGAAAUAGAGUAGAGCUCGUAACCCUUGAAUUACGGUGCCGGUGUGCCUGAAGCUAGUGGAAAUGUCUUGAUCAUGACAGUUGGGGGUUUCCCAACCUCAACUUUCAGAGACUCAGAGAUCUCGCUGACGGUCUUGCUGGUGCGGCAGUGGUGGUCCCUGCAGAAUGCCGUUUGCCCUGUCCAUGGCCGGUGACAUCGUGUGGCGCAGAUGGCAUGAUCUUGAACGGUUUCACACAGUCCCCUGAAUAGUGCUGGGUGCCCCGGUAUAGGGUCAGCCUAUUCCCUUGACACCAUGCGGCCGUACACAUGGACCACUACUGCCGCGUUGGAAAUUGUGUGUGUACGGAGGUACCGCCGCAUGGCCUUCCACCGCUCCUUCGUGGGUUGUGGGUGCGCUAUUACUCAACCCUUUCGGUGACAUGUGGUCGAUGUAAGCCGAUUGCUCUUCCUUUUCUAAUUCGAACGUGAAAUGCAUGGCUGGCUGUAGUGUACCCUUCCGAUGUUAUGUUGUUGUUGAAGCGUUUUCUACG